AUGGAGUCUUUCGUAUCGCGGAAGAAGAGGAAGAUCUGCGCGAGCGACGCCGCUGACGCUGACGCUGACGACGGCGACGAAUCUACGGAUUUCAAGCUGGCCUUGCUCUCCUCCCUACAUCCGUCCAUCGACCAGCAUGCGCUCCUCGAUAUCCUGCUCGCUCACGACGGGUGCGUGGAAGAAGCAUCUGCAUCUUUGAAAGGGCCUAGCGGCUCGCCGCCGAGGAAGUCCUCAGCAGCCAUCGGACACCAGAGUUCUCUGUCGUCCUUCCUCGUCCCCUCCUCGCCCCGUGGGAAUGGGAAUGGGAAUAGGAAUCAGUCUGAGAAGAGCGCGGUCAAGAAGACCAAGCUGCUCGCGAGGAAUGGGAAGACGCUGCAUCUCUACAGUCCAGAGGAUGUAGCUGCGCAUACGCCCUGCUCCAUCAUCCACAACUUCCUCCCCGCGGACGAGGCAAACGCGCUGCUGGUCGAGCUGCUGGCUGAAGCUUCGACUUUUGAGAGGACCUCGUUCAAGUUAUUUGAUAACGUAGUGCAGAGUCCUCAUACAGCCUGUCUCUACGUGCCGGACCUCGAAGAACAGACUCUUCAAAAAACGGAAUAUUUCUACAACGGCGCCCGUCUAGAGGACGUCCGCCAACUCACCCCCCACCUCCGCCACGCCGCGCCCCUCGUCCAAACCGCCGUCAACCAAGCCAUCCAAACGCGUCCAAAACUCCCCCUCCAGUCCCCGCUCCCUUGGAUACCCAACGCCGCCCUCGUCAACUGCUAUGCCCACUCUGCCGAGUCCGUCGGCUGGCACAGCGACCAACUGACGUACCUCGGCCCGCGCCCCGUCAUAGCCUCGCUCUCUCUCGGCGUCGCUCGAGAGUUCCGCGUACGUCGGAUCCUGCCCCGCGAUUCCCCUAACCCUCACCCUGACCCCGACCUUGAUCCCGACCCCGACCCCGAUCCCGAGCCCCAAGGACCCAUCUCGAUCCACCUCCCGCACAACACCCUCCUCAUCAUGCACGCCAGCAUGCAAGAAGAAUGGAAGCACAGCGUCGCCCCCGCCCGCGCCAUCGACCCGCACCCGCUCGCCGGCACCGCCCGCAUAAACGUGACCUACCGCGCCUACCGCCCCACGCUGCACCCGCGCCUGACCCCGCGCUGCGCCUGCGCCGUGCCCGCCGUGCUGCGCGUCGUCCAGCGCAGGCGCGAGAGCUGCGGGAGGUAUUUCUGGAUGUGUUAUGCCGGUAAUGUGCCGGGGCAGAAGGGGUGUGAGUUUUUUGAGUGGGCGCAGUUUGACGAUGACGGGGAUCCGAUUUGGAAAAGGGGCGGGCCUGAGGUGCAAGCGGAUUCUGGAAAGGGGCUCGGCUAUGAAGGGGGGGUUGGUCCAGGGACUGCAACCGCAAGAAAGGAAACUUGUCUAUGA